AUGGCUGCCAUGGUUGCUACUACUACUAGUGGAGGCUUCAGAGAGGCUUUGUUGUAUGGGUGGAAGUGGAUACAAUUUGCUGGUCUAUUACACUGUACACAAGAAUAUGUAUUCGACUUUUCAACAACACAAGGGGGUAGUAUGGAACCCAGCAUACGAUCGCAGGGGUGUGUCCUAUUUUAUGAUAAGGUUUCUCCUAGGGUCAAUGGGUAUAAUAAAGGAGAUGUAGUGAUAGCUACCGCACCCCAUGGAGGGCAUCAGAUAUGUAAACGGAUAGCAGGAGUGCCUGCUAAUUCCAGGUCCUCCCUCCUUGUCGUACCUGUUAAGGAGAAGACCACCUCUACACGACUAGGUAGGCUAGGUGAGGUAUGCGACAUGACGACUAGAGCUACUCCUGGGAGGGGUAUCGAGCAGUUACCCUACUUCCUUUCCUUCGAGAUCAUCGCCUUCAUCCCUAUGGCAUUAGGGUUCUCCCUUGCUCUAGUGUUACUCACGAGGUAUCUCAUGGCUCGAACAGAUCCCUACUCCCCCUUCUUCUUGGGUUCCGCCAUGUGCAUGGCCUUCCCGGUUAUCCUAUCAGCAUGGCGUAAUACAGCUAGAUCCAGCAAUAGCAAUCAGGUCUUGUCCUUCUUACUUGCCCUAACUAUCACCCCUAUAGCGUCCUUCAAUACGUCGCGUCUUUUCGGCGUGGACACUCCCCGCUCCAAUAUCCCCCUAUCCUCCUUUCAACAAGCCCUCCUAGUUGACCUCGGACUACAGGAUUACUUACCCAUCCUUCGGGGCAUCACGUAUAUGCUGCUAUAUAUUGGCCUCUUGCUGGCUGUGUAUACCAUAGUAGAGCCAUCUAUCAGAAGUACGGAUAUUCUGAAUGCAUGGAUAAGAGGGGGUCAGACAGCCCACAUUCGAGAGGCAGCAUGCAACUCGGUCUGUCGAGAAGUCCCUUCAGAGGAUACAUUGGACUCGAUUAGAGGAGGAGCAGUAGCGAUGACAAGGGAUUGGAUACUCCGCUAUUUUGGGUUAUUAUCCCCAAUGGUUAUACCCUUACUCUUCGCCCCUUCAACAUCCCCUCUAUCAGUAGCUCAGCAUAGUGCUAUCCCAACACUACCGGACUUUAUCACUUGGGGUAUUGCUAUAUCCAUCAUUGAUAUAACUACCUAUGGCACGCUUCGUGGGAUGGUCCAAUACUGGCUCCUGAAUGGUGACCAAGAGACUUCUCCGGAUCGACUAGAACGCGAUACUCGCUAUAUGCGAACAAUGUACACCGCAUUCGAGUGUGCAAUUGUACCCAGACUUAUCACUAUCUUCAUGGACAUUGAUCUCAUGCUACGGAUGAUUCCUACCAUUCUUGGAAUAAGGUUAGUGGAUGAUAGUAUUGUGGAUUUGAGCUCUAUCCUGCCUAUUAUACCCAGUAGAACUGAUAUCAAUUACUCCCAGUAG